AUUCAAAAAUCCGCUUGGCGCCGGAUCCGGAAGCAGAGGGGGCCGGCUUGGAGAACCCUCGAGCGAAGGAAGGCUCAAUGGCGGGGCUGCUCAGCCUGCGCUUCCUCUGGAGCAGGCCGGUUAGCAGUCAACUUCUGCUCAUGCCUCCUACAACCGCAGCUGCAGUGAGGUUUGCAUCAAAGAAGAGUGGAGGCAGCUCGAAAAAUCGUGGGGGGAAAAGUCCUGGGAAACGUUAUGGCUUAAAAAAAACGGAGGGUGCAUUAGUUCAUGCAGGCAACAUAUUGGCAACUCAGCGAGUGUUUCGUUGGCAUCCAGGGGCUCAUGUAGGGUUGGGCCGGAAGAAGUAUCUGUAUGCGCUAGAAGAUGGGAUGGUGCGCUUCACCAAGGAGGUUUAUGUGCCGCGUCCCCGAAGCAAGGAGAGCAAGGAGAUGAUCCCCCAGCUACCCAGGGGAGCCGUUCUGUAUAAGACUUUUAUCAACGUGGUCCCCACUGUCGAGGUGGGAAGCUUCAAGUUGGUCAGCAUGCUGUGACGCAGCAAAGGAUUGCUUGGGUGGACCUGAGCCCCAGCGAGGAUGAUUCUGCAAGGCUGCAUUUGUGAACAAGUCGCUCUUGUUCAACUCUAGUGAUUGCUGGUUGACCGCAGUUAGAGCAUGAGGCAACGUUCCAGCAAUGUAUUAAUGUAUAUAUUCUGGAGGUCACUGUUGCACUGUCAGGGAAAUAAACCAUGUCAAGACUGGUUUUCAAAACCAUAA